AUGAAGGAACGUGCCCACGUACUCAGCAAAAUUACCUCCACGUUGGCAACACACAAUAUCAACGCCUCAGCACUUAAGGCGUUCAAUGGCUUGGAGCUUGCAGAUUCUGACUACCAAUCGUUGGCGCCAGUAGAUAAUCUCUUGGGCAGCGAUUGCGUUUGGACCGUGUUCACUGGUAAAAAGCUGUUCGACCAUAUUUGGAUGGGUCAUUACUUCGAUCAAAACCAUGGUAAAGAAGAGGGGAAGACCACCGCACUGACUACUCCGGAGGUCAUCUUAUUGUCACCGAUCAAAGCACUGUCUCAGCGGGUCUCAUCCUGGACUAAAAUGGUUCGCAUUGUAGCUUACUCCCUACGCUUCAUCCAAAGGAUCAAGGCUAUUAAGUCAGGCACGCUGACAAAUUGCAAGGGGCUCACCUUUGAGGAGAUGCAGGCUGCUCGCAUUCUUUGCCUUCAAGAGGCUCAAAAACGCUUCAAGAACGACUACAAUCUACUGAUGGAGAACAAGCCACUUCAGAGUCGCUCCCAGCUCAUCAAGCUUUCACCGAUCAUUAACAAGGAUGGCCUUCUUGGAGUCGUUGGACGACUGGAUAAUUCACAAUUACCAGCUGAUGUCAAACACCCAAUUUUGCUUCCCAAAUCGCACAGCAUUGCAAGGAUGAUUUUGGAAAACGAAAAUGCGUCAAAUCUGUACCCUGGAGUUUCAGCACUUGUUGUCAUUAUCCGCCAAAAAUAUUGGGUCUUUGGCGCACGCAACCUCAUAAGGAAUCUGGUGCACAAUUGCAUCAAAUGUUUUCGCCAACGAAAUCAAACAGCACAACAAUUCAUGGCCGAUCUACCGGGGAUUCGCAUUACAGAGGCACUUCCCUUCCAGCACUCAGGCUGCGAUUACGCUGGACCAUUUAUUCUCAAGGAAAGAAGAGGGCGAAAUCCACGGAAAACUAAGGGCUACAUAUGUCUGUUUGUCUGCCUCGUAACAUCAGCCAUUCACUUGUAA